AUGUCUCCAAAUCAACUUCGCGAGUACCACGUCUGGUGGAAUGGGCCAGAUUGGCUUUCGCAACCGUCUCGUUUCUGGCCGCCAAUUGGCCGCCCAAUAAGCAGAAAUUUCGCGUCCGAAGAACUAGAGGAACGGGUCGUCUCGCUUCCUGCACAAAUCCAGGCACCAAACGAGCUGUUCUCGCUGUAUUCGUCGUACUCCAAGCUCGUCCGAACCGUAGCAUUGCUUCGUCGGUUCGUCCACAAUCUGAAAUCUACCGAUAAAGCGGAUCGUCGUACAGGAUUCCUCUCCACGAUGGAGAUCAACGAAGCUACAGUGGUGCUGGUGAAACUCGCUCAGGUGGAGCGAUUCGCCCAGGAGCUGGCGGAAAUCACCCGUACCGGACAAGUCAAACCCAACUCUCGACUAAACUCACUUUUCCCGAUCAUGGUGAAUGGCGUAUUGCGCGUCGGUGGUCGGCUUCGCCAUGCUCCGGUUUCCUACGAUCAGCGACAUCCAAUGAUCCUGCCGGACACACAUCCACUCACGGAACUGAUUAUGGUAUAUUACCACCGGAAACAUUUCCACGCCGGACCGCAGCUGCUGGUCGCCGUCAUACGGGAACGCUUCUGGCCGCUUCGUACCAGAAAUCUGGCUCGUCGAGUAGUUCACGCUUGCACCAGAUGCUUCCGCUGUAAACCCAAGGUUUUGGAGCAGCUGAUGGGAGAACUACCCUCGGAACGUGUUACACCCACGCUUCCUUUCGCUCGUACUGGAGUGGAUUACUGUGGCCCAUUUUUCUACCGUCCUACUCGUCGUGCCACGGCCAUCAAAUGCUACGUGUCGGUGUUUGUCUGCCUGGUAACAAAAGCUGUCCACCUGGAAUGCGUAGCCGAUCUGACCACCAACGCGUUCAUAGCCGCCUUGCGGCGAUUUGUUGCCCGUAGAGGAAAACCCGAGCUGAUUGAGUGCGAUAACGCACUGAACUUUCAAGGCGCUAAACGGGAACUUGAAGAACUGGCCCAUCUCUUUCGAAGUCAACAGCACAAGGACCAAGUCACCCGCAGCUGUUCGGAUGACGGAAUAACCUUCAAGUUCAUUCCUCCCAGGUCCCCAAAUUUCGGGGGGCUUUGGGAAGCGGCGGUCAAGUCGCUAAAAACCCAUUUACGCCGAACUGUGGGAAAUGUUACCCUUUACCAGGACGAAUUUUGGACUAUUUUAAUCCAAAUUGAAAGCUGUCUAAAUUCUCGUCCUCUGACACAGCUUACGUCGGACCCGAAUGACCUGGAGGUGCUCACACCAGGGCACUUCUUGGUCCAUCGGUCACUCACCUCCAUCCCGGAACCAAGCCUAGCCGGCAUUCCGGCCAACCGUCUGGACCGAUAUCAGCAGACCCAAGAGUACGUCCGCAGAAUCUGGUCCCAAUGGCAGUCCGAAUAUUUGUCCGGGUUGCAACCGCGCACUCGUUGGACGCAAAGGCGCGACAACAUCCAGGUCGGUACGCUGGUGCUGGUGAAGGAGGAAAACUUGCCCCCAUUGAAGUGGUGUAUCGGACGGAUCACCAAGAUCUACAGAGGAAACGACAACUGUAUCCGCGUCGUCGAUGUGCGGACGAAGGACGGAGAAUAUCGUCGGGGAAUCUCCAAAAUCUGCGUGUUGCCCAACCAGCCCGAUGUCACCAGUACGCAAGAAGGAAACUAA